AUGAGUUUGCAAGCAAUUAAAUAUAAAAAUGGAUCUUUGGAAAUCUUGGAUCAAUUAUUGUUACCUGGACAAUCAAAGUAUAUUUCUGUAAAUGGAGUUGAAGAUGGAUGGAAAGUUAUUAAUACAAUGCAGGUUAGAGGUGCACCAGCUAUUGCUAUCGUUGGUUGUUUGAGCCUUUGCGUUGAAUUGCAAAAAGAAGAACAUGAUUCGAAGAAAACUUUGAGACAAGAUGUUGAAGGAAAAUUAAAUUAUCUUGUUUCCGCUAGACCAACAGCAGUCAAUAUGAAAAUAGCAGCAGAUGAGCUCAUCGCUUUGGCUAAUGAUUUAGAAAAAAAUGAUUUAGUUUCACAUGCUGAAAUGAAACAAAAAUUUAUUACUGCUAUAGAGGCUAUGCUAAAAAAGGAUUUAACAGAUAAUGAAACAAUUGGUGCACUUGGAGCUGCUGCAAUUUUAGCUAAUAUACAAGGUGAUGGACCUGUAAGAAUAUUAACUCAUUGCAAUACAGGAAGUUUAGCUACUGCUGGUUUUGGUACUGCUCUCGGGAUUAUAAGAACUUUGCACUCAAGCAAAAAAUUAGACCUUGUGUAUUGUACGGAAACUAGACCUUAUAAUCAGGGAGCCAGGUUGACAGCUUAUGAACUUGUUCAUGAAAAAAUUCCGUCAACUUUGAUUUGUGAUAGUAUGGUUGCCGCAUUAAUGAAAACCAGAAAUAUUUCUGCAGUUGUGGUUGGUGCAGAUAGGGUUGCUGCUAAUGGUGACACAGCUAAUAAAAUAGGAACAUAUCAAAUAGCUGUUUUAGCAAAAUUUCAUGGUAUUCCUUUUUAUGUAGCUGCACCUGCAAAUAGUAUAGAUUUGUCAAUUCCUAGUGGUGAACAUAUUAUAAUAGAAGAAAGGCCUGAUAGGGAAAUGACUCACAUCGGAGAUAUGAGAAUUGCAGCAAGGGGAAUAGGAUGUUGGAAUCCAGCUUUUGAUGUCACUCCAGCCAGUCUUAUAACUGGUAUAGUUACUGAGAAAGGUGUUUUUCUUCCUGGGAGUCUAUAUCAGAAUUUACAAAAUGCAUGGAACAAAUCAUGA